AUUCCGCCUACAACUACCUCCGCAACGGAAGCUACACCUACUUCUACUGCAAUUCCGCCUACAACUACCACGACUACAGAAGCUACAACCACUUCUACUGCAAUUCCGCCUACAACUACCACGACUACAGAAGCUACAACCACUUCUACUGCAAUUCCGCCUACAACUACCACGACUACAGAAGCUACAACCACUUCUACUGCAAUUCCGCCUACAACUACCACGACAACAGAAGCUACAACCACUUCUACUGCAAUUUCGCCUACAACUACCACGACAACAGAAGCUACAACCACUUCUACUGCAAUUCCGCCUACAACUACCACGACAACAGAAGCUACAACCACUUCUACUGCAAUUCCGCCUACAACUACCACGACUACAGAAGCUACAACCACUUCUACUGCAAUUCCGCCUACAACUACCACGACUACAGAAGCUACAACCACUUCUACUGCAAUUCCGCCUACAACUACCACGACUACAGAAGCUACAACCACUUCUACUGCAAUUCCGCCUACAACUACCACGACUACAGAAGCUACAACGACCUCUACCUACAACCACUUCUACUGCAAUUCCGCCUACAACUACCACCACAACGGAAGCUACAACCACUUCUACUGCAAUUUCGCCUACAACUACCACGACUACAGAAGCUACAACCACUUCUACUGCAAUUCCGCCUACAACUACCACCACAACAGAAGCUACAACCACUUCUACUGCAAUUCCGCCUACAACUACCACCACAACAGAAGCUACAACCACCUCUACUGCAAUUCCGCCUACAACUACCACGACUACAGAAGCUACAACCACUUCUACUGCAAUUCCGCCUACAACUACCACGACUACAGAAGCUUCAACUACUUCUACUGCAAUUCCGCCUACAACUACCACCACAACCGAAGCUACAACCACUUCUACUGCAAUUCCGCCUUCAACUACCACCACAACGGAAGCUACAACCACUUCUACUGCAAUUUCGCCUACAACAACCACGACAACAAAAGCUUCAACUACUUCUACUGCACUUCCGCCUACAACUACCACAACAACAGACGCUACAACCACUUCUGCUGCAAUUCAGCCUACAACUACCACGACUACAGAAGCUUCAACUACUUCUACUGCAAUUCCUCCUACAACUACCACGACAACAGAAGCUACAACCACUUCCACUGCAAUUCCACCAUCAUAAUAAUUAGGAAUGAAAAAUAUAUUUGCUUGCGUUUCUUAGGGGUGCGGGUGACACAAUGCAAAUAG